ACCUCUUCAACCUAAACCGAAGCAGACACCGUUGAGCACAAGCUUUUCAUCAUAUGAUCCCUCACCCAUUCGCUUUGGAAGCAUGCUUGCCGUCUAUAAUCUCCGCUUCAACACGUGCGAGUCUCGUCAAAGCGUCAUCUUCCCGGAAGACAUGGAUCUGCCCGUCUACAGAAGAAGCCAACACAUGAAUCUUCUUUGAGAGACCUCCAACUUAUGUACUUUCUUCAUGCUUACAAAUACAGACUAUAUUCUUUUAUCUAUAUACGAGGCCGCAGGUGCAACGUGUCUGUGCUCCCAAGGGGUCGAUGGCCGAUAGCUCGGGGAAUAGCCAAGAAGCACAAGGGCAGGCACUCGGCACGUCCACGGGAGCGGGCUCAGGUGAUGGCGGCAUCAAGGAGCAAGACAGGUUGCUGCCGAUUGCCAACGUGGGAAGGAUCAUGAAGCAGAUGCUGCCCCCCAACGCGAAGAUCUCAAAGGAAGCCAAGGAGACGAUGCAGGAGUGCGUGUCGGAGUUCAUCAGCUUCGUCACGGCCGAGGCCUCCGACCGGUGUCACAAGGAGAAGCGCAAGACGGUGAACGGGGACGACAUCUGCUGGGCGCUCGGCACGCUUGGCUUCGACGACUAUGCGGAGCCGAUGAGGCGGUACUUGCACAAGUAUCGUGAGGUCGAAGGCGAUCGAUCUGCAAGCAAUGGUCAGAAUACCAGGAGUAGCAACUUCGGCACCGGAGAUGGUCAGACGUUGUUCGAUGACAUGGACAGGAACAAUCCUUCAACAUCGAGGAGGUAUUAGCGAGGUCUGAGGAUGAUGGCGUUGAGUCAGUGGGUAAGAAAUCUCAUGUUUCUGCCUCGAGUUUUUGCUUGUUCUUGAAGCUGCUCCCUUUCUUCUGGAC